GAGAUAAAAUUAAAUUACAUUUAAAAUAAAAUAAGAAUAAGUUAAAGAUCAAAUUAGAUUUAAAAUAAAAUAAAAUAAAUUAAAAUAACGUUCCAUUCAUCGGGCUGAUGUUUUGUCUUUCCUGUUGUCUGGUGCGCAUGCGCAGUUAAAAUAGACCCACCCCCCUCCACUUUACCCCUCAACCAUGUGGCUGCAGUUGGUAAAUAGAUGCUAAGCGUUGACUUCCUCCUCGUAAAGAGUUGCGGGACGUUGUGCGAUCAGAACAGCGACCAUGUCGGCCGGUUCGGUAAGCCUUCGGGCCCAUGUGGAGGCGGUGCUGGGCUCACUGGUGAAAGCGGCUUCGGUGGAGUUGAUCAAACUGUUCGAGAGCGAAUACCGAGCCUGCGCAGCUGAUGAUGUGGGCCGCGCCGACCAUGAAGGAAACGAGACCAUGGAGACCCUCCAAAUCUUCGGAAUAGGGAACUCUAAGCGCAGCAUUGGUGUGCAAGUGACCGAGGACUUUUGUCCGAUGUUGGAGCUUUCCGAUCUUUCGCUCCCCUCUGAUGAGAGCUAUUUAGGAGAACACUUAGAGGUACUAGUGGAGGGGUGUCUCAUUCCAUCAGAAAUGCGGAGGACUGUUGAAGCUGAUGGCCACACGGACCCUGAGGGGUCACCCCUGAAGAACCAGAUUGUUGCAGAGCUUUUGAACAUGGGGGAGUUGGAUGGUCUUGAAGGGAAAGCUCCUACUGAUAAUGAGGCCCAAACAGAGGCUGUUUUGCAGGUCUCCCCAGUGGCGUGUGUGUCUACUGUGGGCUCCUCCUCCAAGCAGAAGCCUAUAGUGGUUCAUCCAGACACGAGCGAUUCUGCUUUAGGGGAUAAAGUCAAGUUUGUUUGUCCGUUGAUCCUUAAACUGGAUGCUCCCGAACCCGACAGUUUGGAGAAGCCUGUUCAAGUAGAACCUCAGCAGGCGUGCGUUAGCACCGCCAAGGGUACGGCCUACAGCCCCUCGCUGUCCGAUGGAGCCACAACCCCUGCACAGGUGGGCAUAUGGGAGCGGAUCCAGUCUCCAAAGGACACCAAAAACCAUCUUCAGAUCAAACUGAAGCUCACCCCUCUGGAUCAAAAGCUGACCUGCCCGUGUGACGUACAGCUGGUAGAUGUGCUCACGAUACCUGAAUCGGUGUUGAAGUGUCCAGAGACUGCUACCAAAGGUAAAGCGGGUUGGUCUUUACCGAAGGACCUCCGCCACCAUCAAGGCCUCCACACGGGCCGGCGCCUCUGCUGCUUUACCCCAUGUGGAAACGGCGUUUGGCGUCUCCAGAAGGUCGCAGCGCACUCCCGUGACGGAUAUGUCUGCACCAUCUGCGGGAAGGCCUUCAAGCGCCGGAAGAUCCUCCGGCGGCACGCCCGCUUCCACACCGGGGAAAAGCCGUACUCGUGCUCGUCGUGCUCGAAGAAGUUCGCCUUGAGGAAGAGCCUCCGCCGCCACUUGAGGUUUCACACUGGCGAGAGGCCGCACACCUGCACGCAGUGCGGCAAAAGCUUCCGCGUGCGUGACAAUCUAAAAGCCCACUUGAGGUUCCACUCUGGAGAGAAGCCUUUCAGCUGCACCUCAUGCGGAAAGAUGUUCCGGAUCAUGAGGAACCUCAAGCAGCACAAACUCAGCAGGUGUGAAAGCUUCAUUCCGUCCUUCAAAACGAUUGCUGGCUAUUAGCUGGUUUGAAAACAAUGCUGAUGCACCUUUGUCUACCUCAGAGUGAAAACACUGGAUGGAUUGUGCUCUGCAGAAACCAAAUAUAAUGAGCCAUUUUGGUGCUAGAUAUUGAGUCAUUCCUGAAAGAUUUAAGAUUUACUGCUUUGUUUUUCUCUUUUCGGCUUUUUGUGUGAUGGUUUGUGGCUAAGGAACGCGCAAGAGUUCUUGAAUAAACAAAAGAUUCUCCAAAUCUACAUAUUUUAGCUGGUAUGAAGAGAACCACAGCUUUUUGAGAAGCACCGUUCAUGUUGGAGACAUUGUCGCUGGUGCUUUUUGCCUGGAAGAACAUCUGUACAGAGUAUAGAAAUACAAAUACUAUUUUUUUUAACUCAUGAUGUCCAGAAUAAACACUAAUCUACAAACACAAAUCCUCCUUAUGUCUGUAACAACUCCCGAUUGCAAAGCAUGUGGGGCCUGCCUUCAAACGUUAUCAUUUAUCAUAAUAUCUUUUUGCCCCACACUUGCCGAGUAUUAGGGUCACUUUACAAACACAUUUUUUAUUGCGAUUUUAUAUCUUGUAAAUUUGCAAGAAAAAAAGUAGUAAAUUUAUGAGAAAGAAACUAUUUGGUUUUUUUUCUGGUGGCCCAAAUACUCCGUCGUACACUCUGUCUCUGAAUCUUAAAAAAAAUUGUUCUUGUUCUGGAAUUAUGUAGAUCUUUUAAUGUCCUUUUUUACAUUUUUCUUUUAUACAUUUAAAACUUCUGAAAGCAAUGGAAGAUGUCAGUUUAAUGUGUUUUUUAAAUGUGAAUGGAUGCAAUAAACCUGUAAAGUUACUUCUGUCUGUUAUAGCUGAAAAUAAGUAACAUUCCAUUUUACUGAGACCUGUUGCAAAAAGUCAGCAUUAAGGGAUUGUGCAGAAAUACUUUAUUCAUGCCUCUUUUUAGAAGAAUUUUGAACCACUUUUUGUAUUGUUUUCUUUUUUGAAUAUCAGCUCACGUUAAAUGUGCCACCCAUAACUUUGACCGGCUUCCCAUUCUGUCCUAUAAGGUUUUGGAUGCUGCAGACAAAAUUCCUUAUCGUGGAAAUGCAAAAAAAUCUUGUUUUCAAACAUGCACAGUGAUGCUUUACAACUUUUUUUUAAUUUGCAAGAUGUGUCCUAUUAUGAUUUCUUAUUUUAAGCUACAAGUGAAAUCAUGUUGGAAAAAAAGGGCAAAACCCUUGAAAGUUUUUGACUGUUCUAUGUAACUGCUGUAAUGUGGACUCUUAAUAGUCAGGAAAUGGCUGGUGGCGUAUUCAACAAUCAACUGACUGUACAUUUAAACAGUACUCACCUGAGAACACCUGUUAUUUUUAGAGGAAUAUUGGCAAAUGUAUGACCUGUAAAGACCCAUUAUAUCAUAAAAUAUGUUUCUUUUUCAUAAAUUUAAAAUCACAACAAACUAUUUGAAUACUAAAGUGCAGUUGCAGCGACAGUCCAUCUUUGUUUGAUUUAGAUCAAUAAAACUAGAAAAAUAUGCUCUAUGUUCCCAUUUGGGAGAUUGUUGAACAGUUCCAUAUUUCAUAUGGACAGAUGUCUGUUUGAAUCUUUUAUAACUACUGUUUUUAGAUGUAUUAAGUCUUGUGUACCAAUAAAAGAAAACAUAUUCUUGUU